AGUCGCGCUCUACUUUAGUCAGUUGAAAGUCGUUUUCGGAUUGAAAAUGCAGCUUGUCAGUGCAGUUUGCCUAUUAUUCGCCGUAGUUGGUGCAUUUGCUUGCGCCGAUACAGUUGAAGUGAUCACUUCUUUGGGUAAAAUACGCGGUGCUACAUUGAAAACCCGUUUGGGCGCUGACUACCAUGCAUUCCGUGGCAUACGUUAUGCACAAUCGCCAGAAGGAGAUUUACGCUUCAAGAAUCCAAAACCGUAUCCAGCGUGGGAGCCUAAAGUGUACGAUGCAACGGUAGAUGGACCACGCUGUCCACAAGUGACGGAAGCGUCAGAUGUGGGUGAUCUUUCGGAGGAUUGUCUACGUUUGAAUGUCUACAGUAAGGAUUUGAAAGGCAGAAAACCGGUUGUAGUGUAUUUGCAUCCUGGUGGUUUCUACUCUGUCUCAGCGCAAAGUAAGAACUUUGCUGGCGCAGAGAAUUUUAUGGAUCGGGAUAUUGUUUUGGUGACUUUGAAUUACCGCUUAGGUACUUUGGGUUUCUUAGCAGUGGGCACAGCUGAUGCGCCGGGCAAUGCGGGUUUAAAGGAUCAAGUGGAGGCAUUACGUUGGAUACAAAAGCAUAUUAGUAAUUUUGGUGGAGAUCCCAAUUCGGUGACGUUGUUCGGCUAUAGUGCUGGCAGCUUCAGUAUUGGCCUGCAUAUGUUGUCACCAAUGUCUAAGGGAUUAUUCCAUCGCGGCAUAAUGAUGAGUGCAUCGCCAUUGGGACAAUUCGAUUAUGAGACGCGACAAAAGAGAUUAAGUGACAGGCAAGCGGACCUGCUGAAAUGCCCUAAAGAGCCAGCGGCUGAUUUGGUGAAAUGUCUGAAGAGUAAGCCCAUGAUGGACUUUGUAGACACCACAGCGCAAAUGUUCGAUUUCAACUGGAGUCCCAUAUUGAACUGGAUGCCCGUGAUUGAAGGUGAUUUCGGACAAGAACGUUUCAUAGUGGAAAACCCUUAUAAAACCAUACAAAGUCCCAACUUCCAAAAAGUACCGCUUAUAAUCGGAAUAACGGAAUAUGAAUUUAUCGGCGGCGCUAAUUACCUCUUAAACAACGAGACGACCAGAAAAUGGUAUAAUGAAGACUUUGAAAAGUAUGCACCGAUCGGUCUUAUGUAUGAACGUGAUACAGAACGUUCCAGAGAAGUGAGUCGUGUCUUGCGCUCAAAAUAUUUAGGAAAUGCCACGCUAACGCAAUCCGACUCCUUGGUACCAUUUGGAAAUCUCUACUCUGACGGUAUUAUUGGUUUCGAAUAUCAUCGCUUCUUGGAUAUGGUUUCGCGUCUAGUGCCAACAUAUACAUAUCUUUUUACCUACAAGGGUCGCUAUAGUCAUUUCAAGUUGAAUGAUGAAGUUUUUGGUGCCGUACAUCACGAUGAAUUACUAUAUUUAUUGUAUGUGCCCGUUAUAACGCCACUCUUCAAGAAAACCGAUCCCGAAAAUGUGGUUAUCGAAAAUUUGACACGCAUGUGGAGUGAGUUCGCUAAGAAGGG